CUCGGCGUGGCCGUGUUGAGUGUAUUUAGUUCCGCGAUGGCAGCCAAUAAUUAUUACUGCGACGAACCCUUGGUGUCGGUGCUCCCGCAAAAAUCCUUUCAGAGUUCUUCGGUGUUCUCUGAAAACCAUUCUCCUCGCUUCGCCAAACUUAAUAGAAGAGAAGGAGGGGGGGGCUGGGUACCUCGCAGGACAGACCGGCACCGGUGGCUGCAGGUGGACCUGAGGGGCAGGGUGGAGAUCACAGCCAUUGCCACGCAAGGGCGCUAUGGGAGCUCAGACUGGGUGACCAGCUAUCUUCUGUUGUUCAGUGACACAGGCGGCGCCUGGAAGCAGUAUAAACAAGAAGACAGUCUGUGGACAUUUACUGGAAACACAAACGCAGACAGCGUUGUCCACCACCGCUUCCCACAUUCCCUCAGGACCAGAUUCCUGCGCUUUGUUCCCCUGGACUGGAGUGCCAGUGGCUGGGUAGGCCUCAGGGUGGAGGUCUAUGGAUGCACCUACAAAUCAGAUGUGGCAGACUUUGAUGGCAGAAGCUCACUUCUGUACCGGUUUAACCAGAAGUCCAUGAGCACCGUGAAAGAUGUGAUCUCACUCAAGUUCCGGAGCCAGCAAGGGGAGGGAGUGCUAGUUCACGGGGAGGGACAGAGGGGGGAUUACAUAACCCUGGAGCUGCACAGAGGCAGGCUGGCCCUACACCUCAACCUCGAUGAUGCCAAGCUCCAUUCCAGUAGUGGUCGCAUGUCAGUCACCCUGGGCAGCCUGCUGGAUGAUCAGUACUGGCACUCUGUGCUUGUUGAGCGAUUUAACAAGCUGGUGAACUUUACCGUUGACAAACACACAGAGCAUUUCCGCACCAAGGGUGAGGGAGACUCACUGGAUGUUGACUAUGAGCUUAGCUUUGGAGGAAUUCCACUCCCUGGGAAACCAGGGACCUUUCUCAGGAAGAACUUCCACGGCUGCAUAGAGAACCUCUACUACAAUGGAGUGAAUAUCAUUGACCUGGCCAAGAGACGAAAACCUCAGAUCUACAGUGUGGGCAACGUGACCUUUUCCUGUUCAGAGCAGCAGCUGGUGGCGACCACGUUCAUUAGCUCCAGCUCCAGCUUCCUGAUGAUCCCGACGGAGCUGACAGCAGGGCUCUCCGUGCGCCUACAGUUCCGCACCUGGAACCGGGACGGCCUACUGUUCUCCACGCAGCUCAACUCAGACCCCGAGCACCUGGUCCUGCAGAUCAGUGAGGGGCGGCUCCACCUCACUCACCGUAGAUCGGCCCUGCAAAAAUCUGACAUAUCUACAGGUCACAGUUUGAACGAUGGGCAGUGGCACUCAGUCAGUCUCAAUGCAAGGGGACAACUGGUGUCUCUAACUCUGGAUGACCAGCAGUCUUGGGUAAUGGAGCUGGGAGACAACGUUGACUCUGGAUAUGAUGUCUUCUUCGGGGGUUGCCCCACGACCCCAAACAACCCGGGCUGCAAAAACCCCACUUUGGCCUUCCAGGGGUGCAUGCGUCAGAUGUUCAUCAAUGGCCAGCCUGUAAACCUCUUCCAUGUGCAGAAUGGUCUUCUGGGAAACUACAGCCAGCUGCAAUUUGAUGUCUGCGGCAUCCGUGACAGGUGUCUGCCGAAUUUCUGUGAACAUGGAGGGCAGUGUUCUCAAUCCUGGAGCUCCUUCUUUUGUGACUGUUCUGGGACAGGGUAUACCGGGGCUACCUGCCACAACUCCAUCUAUGAACCUUCCUGUGAGGCAUACAGGCAGACGGGAAGCUCCUCUGGACUCUUCUCCAUCGAUCCUGAUGGGAGCGGUCCUCUCGGGUCCACGCUAGUGUACUGUAACAUGACAGAGGACAAAGUGUGGACAGUAGUUUUGCACAACAGCACAGAGUUGCUCUCAGUGCGAGGCUCGACGCUGCAGAAGCCCUACGUUAUGCGCUUCAACUACAGCACAUCCCCGCCACAGCUACGUGCCCUGGUGGGCGGUUCAGAGCACUGUCAGCAGGAAGUGGUGUACCGGUGCAGGAAGUCCCGCCUCUUUAGCAACUUGGACGGGACCCCCAUGUCCUGGUGGGUGGACAGGAAUGGGGAGAGGCGCACCUACUGGGGGGGCACCCUUCCUGGGGUGCAGCAGUGCUCCUGCAGCCUGAACGAAAACUGCAUGGACAUGAACUACUUCUGCAACUGCGAUGCAAACAGGGAUUCAUGGACCGAUGACACAGGGCUGCUCUCCUACAAAGACCACUUGCCUGUGAGGGAAAUUUUGAUUGGAGACACAAACAGGACCGGCUCAGAAGUCCUCUACAGAAUCGGACCGCUGCGUUGCUAUGGUGACAGAUAUUAUUGGAAUGCAGCUUCCUUCUAUCAAGAGUCGUCAUAUCUCCAUUUCCCCACCUUCCAGGCUGAGCUCAGUGCUGACAUAUCCUUCUACUUCAAAACUACAGCGCCCUCUGGGGUCUUCCUAGAGAACCUGGGGAUCAAGGACUUCAUCAGAGUGGAGUUGAGCUCUCCGUCUGCUGUGACCUUCACCUUCGACGUGGGGAAUGGCCCUGCCGUUGUGACGGUAAAGUCUCACGUGCCUCUGAACGAUAAGCAGUGGCACUACGUGCGGGCAGAGCGCAACGUGAAGGAGGCGUCCCUGCAGGUGGAUCACCUGCCUCUGCGCUUUCUGGAGGCCCCACCCGACGGACACUUCCGUCUGCAGCUCAACAGCCAGCUGUUUGUAGGAGGGACAGCAUCCAGGCAGAGAGGAUUCCUGGGCUGUAUCCGAGCAUUGGCUAUGAAUGGCCUGACCCUCGACCUGCAGGAGAGGGCAAAGGUCACGCCAGGGGUGAGCGCUGGGUGCCCAGGACACUGUAGCAGCUAUGGUAGCCUGUGUCACAACCGAGGGAGGUGCGUCGAAAGCAACAGUGGCUAUGUCUGCGACUGCACCCAUACAGCCUACAGGGGACCCCACUGCAAGAAAGAGGUGUCGGUGUCUUUCACGAGCGGAUCCUCGGUCACCUACACCUUCCAGGAGCCGUUCUCAGUCAUGCGCAACAGGAGUGCUCUGUCCUCCGCCAUCUACGCAGAGAAUGCCAGGCCGCGGGAGAACGUGGCCUUCAGCUUCCUGACUACCCAGACACCGGCCAUGCUGCUCUCAGCCAGCUCCUACUACCAGCAGGGCAUGGCCAUCAUCCUUGCCCGCAAUGGGAGUCUGCAAAUCUUUUACCGACUAAAUAAGGACAGGCCUGCAGAUGUGUUCACCCCCACAUACAGAAGCCUGGCUGAUGGGCAGCUGCACUGGGUUCGAAUGCAUCGAGAGGGGAAGGAUGUUUAUGUCCAGAUUGACAAGGACAUCAACAGAAAAUACAGCUUGUCAUCGAACACGGAGCUAAAUACAAUCAGAUCCGUGACUUUGGGCAAAGUCACAGGAAGUGAUAUCUUGGAUGAGGAAGUGAUGAAGGCGGGAUCGAGAGGUUUCAUUGGCUGCCUGUCUUCAGUCCAGUUCAAUCAGGUGGCUCCACUGAAAGCGGCGCUGCUGAAUCGGGGAAGCUCAUUGGUCAGCUUACGGGGACAUAUAGUGGAGUCAGACUGUGGGGCGUCAGCUGACAUGACAAAGUCCCACUCCCUCUCAGAUCAUUCAGAGAAAGUUGACAGAGGGAAGGAGCCAUUAAAGGAUGGGGUGCAGAGUGAUUCAGCAGUAAUUGGAGGCGUGAGUGCAGCCGUCGUGUUCAUCACCCUCUGUGUGGUGGCGGUGAUGUCCCGCUUCCUGUACCAGUACCGACGGGCCGAACAGACGGCGGCCAUCGAGGAGAAGGACCGCCGGCACAGCCUGGAGGUGACCUACCGCACAGAGCUCGACCAUCCCAGCCAUCGGCACGCCCUGAACGCGGCCUACUGCACAGAAAUGGACCUUCAGAACUCAGUACGGAACAGCAGGAAGGAGUAUUACAUCUGACACGCCAACGCUCUCGGUAUUUCCUGGUGUCCCUGCGCUCUACGGCCGGGGGA